UUUUGUGUUCUGUUUUAUAAUAUUUUACUUCUGUUUAUAUAAACUUUGUUUAAGAAAACUGGAUCAUUUUGAAAAGCAAUACUGCGUUACUGAAAAUGCUAUCCAGUCGAAAGAAAGAAUAAUACACAAUACCUUGGACACUCAACUGUAUGAAGUAUACCGUAUACCAGAAUAUACACAAAAAUCAGCUGGAGAGAGCAUUCCAAAGGAUGCGAUCUACAAUCUCUGAAUUCGCCUAGUAAUGAAAAAGUCGUCAAGAAAAUGGUAGUAGAGUCCUUGCAGAGCCUACCUUUUACAUAUUCAGUAUAGUCAUUCCAAGAGAGGUUAUCAUCAAUUGUAAUACCAAGGUUAACAUUGAGAGUUUCAACUACAGGUACAGUACAUCAUUUAUAUUGUCAGAAAUGAAAGCAUACAAGGUUUGGGAUUUAUCAAGACAGAAAAAAAAAACCGUUGUUGCUAACUCAUUGGAUGAAAUUAUAGAAAAAGGAUCGGAGAAGCUUGACCUAAAGAAUGUUGUAAAGGUUGUGACUGAAGAGGAUGGCACUGAAAUUGAUGAAGAAUACUUGGCACACAUUCAAGAACACACAGUAUUUCUACUUCUGGAAGAGAAUGAAGAGUGGAUGAAACCAGGUUGCAAAAAUGCUAGUAUGCAGUCCCCAAAGAAACAUAAAAAACGAGGAAGACCUCUUGGACGAAAAAAUAAAGUUGAGGAUGAGGAUCCAUCUGUGAGUAUAGCUUCUGGAAGCUCAUUUGAUAUUUCACAAAAUACAUCACCAAGACGAUCUGGCCGUCAACGAAAAGAAAAUAGUCGCUAUAAAAAUUAUGAAUUUGAUGAAACUGCAGAUCUAAAACAGAUCAAACAAACAAUUGAAAAAGCUGUUUUAGAUGAUGAUGAAUGCACAGAUAAUGUUAAUGAGGAAGAAAAUAUUGUGCUUAGUGACCAAGAUAUAAAGAACAGUGGCUUUGGUGAAGACACAUUAGAAAUUGUUGACAAAAUGGUUGUCAGACAUUCAAAACGAAAGCAACAGAAGAAGAAAUCUUCCGAUUUUGUUCUUGGAGAAGAUGCAGAUGCAGAUAAUGAUGUUUGGAUUGAAGAUGAUGUUGAGGAGGCAGAUGUUAAUGAAGAGGAAUCUCAUAAUGAUCCAAGAAAGAAGCGAAUACGAACUCGUCCUCCUUUACCAUUGUGUGAGGAGUGUGGAAAACAGUUCCCAAAAAGAUCUCACCUCUACCAGCAUAUUCAGAAUGACCACAAGGUUGAAAAUGCUUUCAAAUGCUUUGAAUGUGAUGAAACAUUCGAAGACAUUGAAAAGUGGAAAGAACACGAGGAAGUACACAAAGUAAAAAAAAUCACAUGUACUUAUUGUGGGAAAAGUUUCUCUACUAAGACAAAGCUGAAUGUUCAUUUGCGAAUACACACUGGAGAACGACCUUACAAAUGUGAGAUGUGCCCAAAAGCCUUUGCAACCAACUCUACAUUUAACACUCAUAUGAAGAUGCAUACAGGUGAGAAAUUGUACACCUGCCGUGUUUGUCGUAAGAAAUUUGUGCAACGAAGUGGGCUUAGAACCCAUUUGUUAACACAUAACGAAGAUAGACCUCAUGAAUGCUCUUUAUGUAACAAAACAUUUGCAUUGCCCAUUUAUUUGAAACGACACAUGUAUACACAUACUGGGGAACGUCCAUGGAAGUGUACUAUCUGCCCAAAGUCUUUCGCUAAAAAGUGGACUCUUGAUGAGCACAUUAAAGUGCAUAAUAAAGAUCGGAAAUUUCCAUGUACUUUCUGCGACAAGUUCUUUUAUGGGACAGGAGACUUAAAAGUUCAUGAACGUAUCCAUACCGGAGAGAAACCAUACCCCUGUCCAAAUUGUAAAAAAUGUUUUGCAACUCUUACCAAAAUGAAAGUCCACCAGAGGGUUCAUACAGGUGAGAAACCAUACAAAUGUAAUUAUUGUGGAAAAGGGUUUGCAACAAGCUCCACAAGACAUGUGCAUGAACGUAUACACACAGGAGUUAAACCAUAUGUAUGUAGCCAUUGUGGAAAAGGGUUUACACAAUAUGGUAAUUUAGACAAUCACAUAAAGACUCACACUGGGGAGAAACCUUUUCAAUGUACAAAUUGUGGUAAGACUUUUUCUACUCGUACAAAUUAUGACAACCAUGUAAAGGUACAUACAAAGGAAAGACCCUACAAAUGUCAAUAUUGUGAACAGGCAUUCUUGAGCCAGUUUAGACUCGAUGCUCAUGAAAGAAAACACACUGGAGAAAAGAAAUACAAAUGUGAUAUAUGUCAGAAGCAAUUUGAUGUACCUUCCAAAUUAAAAACUCAUGUGCGAUCACAUGAUGCCCCACGUGUAUAUCAGUGCAGUCACUGUAGUAAGACUUUUGGAAACAAGGCAGGAUUUGUAACACACCUUAAGUCACAUGGAUCAAUUGUUCAUGGGCAGUACCGGUGCAAUAUGUGCAGUACAUCUUUUCAUGACAAAGCUGCUGCUGAUGUACAUAUGCAGAUUCAUGCAGCAGCAGAGGCUCUCAUUCUCCAGAUGCAACAAGAACCUCUACAGGGUGGGUCUGGAGAGGAGGAAAUCAUCAAAUGUGAUGGCAAAGAACGUCUUCCGCCUGGAACUGUCCAACAAGUUGUUCUACAAGGUGAAGGAGGUGAAACAGAAACUGUUCAUCUGGUCUUAAUACAAGAGCAGUCAUCAAAGGAUCGUGGUGAUGCAUUGGAUGCUAUAGGUGAUGAGAAAGAGCUGGCAGCUGUUGCAGCUGAACAAGAAGAACUCGCCAUAACUGGAGACCAUGUUCAACGUGUCAUUUUGCAGCAGAGUUCAAAUACUGUCCACAAUCAGGAAAGUCUUGAGCAAGAAGUACUUCAACAGUUAAUGUUGCAACAGAAUGCUGUCAACCUUGGCAGCUCAGAACAAGCCACUGGGGAUCAGCAGUCACAGCUUGAUGUUGUAACUGGUGAAGCAACUGAUCAAGCUUUACACAAUCCUUUAGGACAAAGCUCCUCUCAAGAGGAAUUCGGUCAAGAAUAUCAAAUAAAUCGAACAGAGCUUGUUCAUGAAGAGACUUCACCAUCAAUUCAAGUCAACUUGCUACAGGAAACUCAUUCUAGUGACCAAGAACAGCAGAUAUUUCACAUUGUAUCAAGUGAGCAAAACUCCGAAAUCCCAGUUAGGCAGGCUCUUAUUCAGAGCUCAGCUUCAGGAGAGGUAAUUAGAACUGGUGAAGUUUAUGCAGAUUCCGAGGUUCCUACACAACAAAUCAUUAUUCAGGAUGGAAAUAUUCCAGCAGAAGCAUCUGCAGCUCAACUGUUGCAACAAGUAGCUCUUCAGCAGGGUCUUUUGCAGGGUGAAGAUAGAUUAGUGGUAUAUCAGCAGUCUGACUUACCAAGUGAUGAUGUACAGCAGAUUGAAGAGCAAGACUCUUCUCAGGAACCUGUUCACUUGUAUGUGAUCCAAGAACAUUUUGUAGAAGAAGAACACAGUGAAAACUGAUGAUGUAGAUAGUUGUUGAAUGUUAUAAACAAAUUGUCCAUUUGAAACAUACAGUAUUUCAAAAUUAAUUACAUUAAUUGAAUUGUAUGAAAGCUAUAAAAAUGUAAAUCAAUUGAAAAUUCGUAGAAUUGGUGCAGUGAGGCUGUUCAGGCUUUAAAUGUUAAAGGUUAUUGGUUGCAAACACUGACAGCGGUGGCGCCGGGGGCCUUGGCUGUCGGGGAAUAACCUCAAUUCGUCAGGGAGAAAAAGAAAUGAUAUGCUUUUCUACAUAUAAUGAGACUCUAAAAUUGAUUAAAUAAACCUUUGAAACCACUUUCAAAAGAUUUUGAUCGAUGCCCGGCCAAGCCCAUUUACUCUCGUCUCGGACAUGGGGCCCCCCCCCUGUCGGGCAAAUCCUGGCGCCACUGGCGAAUUGUUACCUUUUCUCAGUGGCAAGAUGUUGAGACAUGGAAUGUUUUGGUAUGUUUGUAAUACUGUACUGGGGUACUUCCUUAUAAUUGGCACUCCCUCAUCUUUGGUGCAUACAGACUUUGGUGGCACCUUGUAAGUU